AUGGCUCUACGUGACCUACCAUGGGCGACGAUACUCUUCUCUGGCGUCAUUGCGGCGGUCGCAUAUGGCGUAAUGAGGUUGAUCCAAGUGCGGCGCUUCUACAAGGACCUUCCCAAACCGCCUCACAGCUUCCUGUUCGGGCACCUCAAAUUGCUAGGCGAGGCUUUCCAGAUGCUACCCAAUGGUGGGCAUUAUCAGGCAGCGAUAGUUACGAUUGCCAGGAAGUACGACAUGCCAGGUCUCUUUUACAUCGAUUUGUGGCCGAUCUCAUGGGCGCAAAUCGUGAUUACGGAUCCGGAUGUCGCACUCAACAUGACAGCCGUUCGGAACCACCCCAAGCAUGAAGGCGAGGGACUGAUGAUCGACCCCUUGGUUGGAGACGGCAAUAUCGUUACAACGAAUGGCGCGCAAUGGAAGUAUCUCCAUAGGAUGUUGAGUCCUGCUUUCGCCAUCUCGCAUGUCACCAACAUGAGGCCGAUGGUUGCCGAUGAGGUUAUGAAGUUUCGGUCGUGUCUUUCUGAGAAAGCUAAAUCGGGAGAGGUAUUCAAGUUCGAGGAUCUCACCCAGCACUUGACGUUCGAUGUCAUCGCGACUACGACCUUUGGGCGAUCUCUCGACGCGCAGACCAAAGGCAGCCCUGCUCUGCAGCACUUUGAGAACAUGUGUCGUGCUCAUAUGACAACGCGAGAGUCUUUCAACUACGUCCGCAAUUUCUUCGUCAAUAGGAAGGUUUACGCCGAACGCGCAAAGUUUGAUGCCAUUGUGGAAGGACUCAUCAAAGAGAGAUUCGAGAUCGUAAAACGCGACAAGCUCGAUCUGUCGGUAAAGCGAGGUCUAGGCAUCAUGGAUCUCAUCUUGCGAGACUAUGUUGCAGAGCGACAGGACGAAGUAGAGGUGCUCGACCCCCAAUUCAUCCAAGAUGCUCUUACUCAGGUAAAGACUCUUCUGAUCGCUGGAUUUGGAACCACGUCGGAUACCAUCUGCUUUGGAGCAAUGCUGCUCAGCGCUCACCCUGAAGUGGUACGAAAGAUGCGAGAAGAACACGACCGAGUAUUCACUCCCGGUAUCGAGGCAACGUACGAAAUGCUAAAGAGGGAGCCGAAUAAACUGAACGAGCUCACUUACACAAACAACGUUGUCAAGGAAGUCCUGAGGUUCUACCCGAUAGGCAAUACCGCGCGCAAGGGCAUCGAUACUCUUACGUAUCAAGGUCGAGAAUGGCCGGCCAAAGAUCUUAUGAUCUGCCCCGUCCAACUGGCUAUGCAUAUGGAUCCAGCGAUAUUUCCAGAUCCGCUCUCGUUCGACCCCGAUCGGUUUACACGAGAAGAUUUCCCGCGCCACGCCUGGCGUCCGUUCGAGAGGGGUCCACGGGCGUGCCUGGGUCAACCGCUGGCGAUGGACGAGUUCGUGAUCACAUUCCUUCUGACAAUACGCGACUUCGACUUUACUUGCGCGGAUCUAAAACCCAACAAGACGCCUAGAACAGAGUGGUUUGAUCUGGACUUGACGUUCGGUGACCGCGCCUACCAGGAAUUUGUUUUCGAGGCCAAACCACGCGAUGGCAUGCCGAUGACCGUUAAGAGAUCCAACUGGCCCUCGUAA